UUGCCUGUGCAAUCUUUUUGCUACCCUGCAAUUUCCUGUUGGUUAUAAAUGAAACCUUUCUAGCUGUUAAUGCAGGCUGUGAAUUGAAAAAAAAAAAGCAUGUAAUUAAUCAUAGGAGGUUGGGGGGAUUCACUAAGCCUGAGUUACAAGGGAGAAGCUGGACAAGGCACUAGGACCUAGAAGGCAUCCAUCCACCCUGGCAGGAAUUUCUUGCUUGGAGCUCAGACAACAAAGGCAUAGAGAGAUUGGUUUUCUUUCUCUCAGCAUCUCCACCCAACCAGCAGAAAACCGGUCUUUGAGGUUUAACCAAAAUAUGGAACUUGAUUUUGGACACUUUGACGAAAGAGAUAAGGCAUCCAGGAACAUGCGAGGAUCCCGGAUGAACGGGCUGCCUAGCCCCACUCACAGCGCCCACUGUAGCUUCUACCGAACCAGAACCUUGCAGGCACUGAGCAAUGAGAAGAAAGCCAAGAAGGUACGUUUCUACCGCAAUGGGGACCGCUACUUCAAGGGGAUUGUGUACGCUGUGUCCUCUGACCGUUUUCGCAGCUUUGACGCUUUGCUGGCUGACCUGACUCGAUCUCUGUCUGACAACAUCAACCUGCCUCAGGGAGUGCGUUACAUUUACACCAUUGAUGGAUCCAGGAAGAUCGGAAGCAUGGAUGAACUGGAGGAAGGGGAAAGCUAUGUCUGUUCCUCAGACAACUUCUUUAAAAAGGUGGAGUACACCAAGAAUGUCAAUCCCAACUGGUCUGUCAACGUAAAGACAUCUGCCAAUAUGAAAGCCCCCCAGUCUCUGGCUAGCAGCAACAGUGCCCAGGCCAGGGAGAAUAAGGACUUUGUGCGCCCCAAGCUGGUGACCAUCAUCCGCAGUGGGGUGAAGCCUCGGAAGGCGGUGCGUGUGCUUCUGAACAAGAAGACAGCCCACUCAUUUGAGCAAGUCCUCACUGAUAUCACUGAAGCCAUCAAACUAGAGACCGGGGUUGUCAAAAAACUCUACACUCUGGAUGGAAAACAGGUAACCUGUCUCCACGAUUUCUUUGGCGAUGAUGAUGUGUUUAUUGCUUGUGGUCCUGAAAAAUUUCGCUAUGCUCAGGAUGACUUUUCCCUGGAUGAAAAUGAAUGCCGAGUCAUGAAGGGAAACCCCUCAGCCACAGCUGGCCCAAAGGCGUCCCCGACACCUCAGAAGAGUUCAGCCAAGAGCCCUGGCCCCAUGCGCCGAAGCAAGUCUCCAGCUGACUCAGGUAACGACCAAGACGCAAAUGGAACCUCCAGCAGCCAGCUCUCUACCCCCAAGUCUAAGCAGUCUCCCAUCUCUACGCCUACCAGUCCUGGCAGCCUCCGGAAGCACAAGGACCUGUACCUGCCUCUGUCCUUGGAUGACUCAGACUCACUUGGCGAUUCCAUGUGAAGGAGGAGAGAGUGUUCAGAGUCCAGAGUACAAAUCCAAGCUUACCAUUACAGUAGGGUACUUCUGCUCAAGUGUCCAACAGGGCUAUUGGUGCUUUCAAAUUUUUAUUUUGUUGUUGUUGUUGUUUUGAAAAACACACUGUAAUAUGUUGGGUUUAUUUUCCUGUGAUUUCUCCUCUGGGCCACUGAUCCACAGUUACCAAUUCUGAGAGAUAGAUUGAUAACCAUCCUUUGGGGUAACCUUCCAGGGAUGCAAAAUGUGCUAGUCCAUGACCUUUCUAUGGAAAGCUUAGGCACCUGCAUUAUUUUUGCCCCGUCUCACUUUGCUCAUAUGCUCUAGUCUUUCUUCUGUGGAGUGCUGUUUACAUACAUAGCACUUAAAAUGUUUAUGUGGGGAAAAAAGCUCAUUGGCAGAUCCAAGAAUGACCAACACAAGUGCCCCAUGUCUCCCGAUCUCAAGGAUGCUGGAGGAUCCCAGGAGGACAGCAAGGCAGCUCCCCAGCUUUGCUUUUCCCUCCUGAUUGAGCCCUGGUUUGUUGUCCAGCACUAGUUCUGGCUGUCAAGGGGGAGAAUCACCAGCAACUUGUAAUUGUGACACCAGAUGCUUAGGACACCGGUGCAGGGCUAGCUAAAAGAGACUAGGCAGAAUUGGUAAUUACAGCAGACAUUUCAGUAGAGUUUAUAAAGCACAGAUUCCUGGUCAACCUCUCCACUGGGGCAAUUUGGAAUCAAGAAGCAAUUGAUAAGAGUUGGGAGUAAGAGACUUAUAUGCCUGAUUCCUCUAGGAGGCUUUCUAACAUACCAAGUUGUUACAUGAACUGUAUGGUAUCCAUCUAUCUCUGUUCUAUUGAAUGCCUUGUAAACAGCCAACACUGAAAACACUGUGAGAAUUUGUUUUCAGGUCUGACACCUUUCAGUCGCUUUUUAUAGCAAGAAACCAAUAUCGUUUUUAUAAAAACUCGUGUCUGUAUUCAGGAGCAAACUCUUCAGGCUCCUUUUUUAUAAACUGGUGAUUUUUCUUUUGUCUAAAAAACACAUGCAGAAAAUUUACCA